AUGGCUACCCCAGCUGAUAUGAAACCAAGGAGCUCGAGUAGGACGCCUUCCGCAGAGCUACAAUCGGGACCACGCAAUGGUGACCAUGGAGGAAGCUGGACUCGAUCCAUGACUCCUCCCAACAGGAUGUCAUCGCGAAGCCGAAGUCGAGAGUCUCACUUGCGCAGAGGUAGAAGCAGUAGUCGAACACCUAGUCCUGCCAAUAACCCGAAAAGCGCUAAGGUGGUUGUUGAAAAAUUAACCAAGAACGUCACUGAAGCCCAUCUUCACGAAAUCUUCGGGAGCUUUGGAGAUAUCCAGUCCCUCGAAUUACCGAUGAACCGAGCCUUCAUAACAAACCGUGGUACAGCGUAUGUUUUAUACUAUGAUCCCGCGGACGCCGAAGCGGCUAUUGCGCACAUGCAUGAAGCUCAGCUUGACGGUGCUGUCUUGAAUGUGUCAAUAGUCCUACCCCGGCGGAACUUCUCACAUUCGCCUCCACGCUCUCGAUAUCCCAGAGGGAGCGAUAAGCGUCAGAGCUACGGUCCCACUACCGCGUCUGGCGGUCAUCCUUCUCGCCGUUCGCCGUCUCCGCGAAGAUCGCCACCCCAUCGGAGGCAUGGUGCUAGGACAUCGGAUAGACACGAUCUCUAUCGUCCGCAGUUCCAAUCGCGUUCCAGAUCAUCGCGCCGUUCGACAUCGUAUUCAUCGCGCUAUCCAUCAAGAUCCGCAUCACCGAGAAGAGAGAACAGAAGAACCAGUGAUUCACAAGUGGAUGCUCCUCGACGCACUCGACGCCGAAGCCCUAGCUAUAGUAGCUACAGUAGCCGAUCUGAUAGAAGUUUGAGUCGCAGCCGCAGCCGCAGCCGCAGCCUAAAUCGUCAUGGUAAUCGAAGAAGAUAG